AUUUCAUUAUUCGAAGUUCACCACUGUAGAAUGAAGGUCUUUGUGGUUACAAUUCUCGCCCUAUUGGUUGCCAGCUCUCAGGCUGGCAAACUGUCCGAUGCCUUGGUCAAGGUGGUGCCCAGUUUCGCCACCGGAUUUGUGAUCAAUGGCACCGAUGCCGAUCCCCAUUCGGCGCCCUACAUUGUCUCCCUGGGUGCCAAUGCCGAGAAGCAUUCGCACAGCUGUGGAGGCACCAUCAUCAACAAGGAAUGGAUCCUCACUGCCGCCCACUGCAUCUCGAAUCCCGUCGGCAUGGGCGCCAUCGCUGGACUCCACAAGCGUUCCGAGGUCGAUGAGCGUACUCAACAGCGUGUGAUUGACUUUGGACGUGUCCAUGAGAAAUUCGGAGGUGGCGUUGGACCCUACGAUAUUGCCCUGUUGCACGUGAGCAAACCCUUCGAGUUCAAUGAGUGGGUGAAGCCCGCUGUCCUGCCCAGUCGCGAUCAGAUCCAUGAGGGAGAGACCCAUCUGUAUGGCUGGGGACAGCCCAAGGCAUUCCAGUUCUCUCCUGCCUCGACCCUGCAGACAUUGUCGACCGAUAUCAUCAACUACGACGCGUGCUUGGAAAAGAUGCCAGAGAACUCCAAACUGGAACCCAGCAACAUUUGCUCCGAUUCUCUGCAACAGAGCAAAUCCGCUUGCAAUGGCGACUCUGGCGGCCCUCUGGUUGUUGAGCACAAGGAUUCCGACUCUGAGCUCAUCGGCAUUGUCUCCUGGGGCUUCAUUCCCUGCGGCAUGGCCAACUUCCCCUCGGUCUACACUCGUGUCUCCGCCUACAUCGAUUGGGUUUUCCAGGUGCAGAGCGCCUACUACACUCUCUUCUAAGCUUGUGUCUUGAUAGGAAGCAAUAAAUAUCAACGAUCGCAAAAAUA